AUGUAUUUCACAAGCCGGAGAGCUGGAAACAUCACGUUGCAGCUGGGCGGGCAGAGCAGGGACGAAGGGACAUCCAACGGACUAAGAUACGAGUACAUGUCAGCCGACAGAGGCAUACCAGCAGUGGCCGAGCACGUUGCCAUGUCUCAAAAGAACGUAUCCUUGGAAGCGGUCAUUACGCCAUCAUUUGGCCGUCUGGAAGGCGGCACGCGGAUAUCCGUCGUUGGGAUGGGCGAGUCACCCGGGGCGAAUGCGGUAGCCCGGUGGCUACAUGUGAACUCCUCCAGGCCUUGCGGGCGGGUACCGCAGGAGGGAGCAGGGUCCAGGGAAGGAGUACUGGUGUGCAUCAGCCCGGAAGCCAGGGCACCGGGGUCAGCGUAUGUAGCGAUCACGGCAGAGGAGGGCACAGCCACAGCUCAGGAGGGAUUCUUGUUCUUGUACGAGCCUGGUGCAAGCGUGAGCAGCAUCAGGCCGAGCCGGGGAGGAGAUGGGGUAGAGCCGGGAGAAAAGCAUUGUAUUCAUUUUUGGAUGUCGAGCACUUUGGUUGCGUGCGUGGUGCAAGGCGCCCAUUGCAGGUCGGAGAGCUGUAACGUGACGAUUGAAGUAAGCAACAACGGAGUAGACUUUUCCGAGGCGGCGCGUGCUCGGUUUGAGUACCGGGGGAGCGAGAUAGGGAGGCUGGAGCCUUCCUGGGGGCUCGCUGGACGAGCGACGGAGGUACGGGUGACGCUGGGGUACAGGGCCUGGGAGGGAGCGGAGACUGGAGACAGGUUAUGUCGCUUCGGGGACGUGGUUGUAUCCGGCGUCACGGCGUCAGAUACAGGAGGAGGGACGACGGAGGCCUGCACUACGAAGAGGUCGGAGCAGGCUUUGAGUACAUUGCGGGCAUUCAGGUCGUAG